GAAAAGGUGAGUUUUGGGGUUCAAAGUGGUGAGCUUUGCUUUAUUUCCAGGUGAGCUUUGCAUUGUCCAUUGGUGAGCUUUGCAGUGUAGUGUGGUGAGCUUUGCGUCAUCUGACCGAAGCAUGUCAUCGCAGCGUAAGGUGUCAUCUCACUGGAGUCAUCUCACAAGAGGGUGACAAGAAUAUUUUAUUUUAUUAAAUACUUAAUGAAAUCGCGUAAGCAAAGAAAAGUUAUCGAGAGGAAAGAGAAAAAAAUUAUAAUCUAUUUAGGGACGGAUGGAUGGAGUAUAUACACACAUAUAUAUAUAUAUAUACACACACACUAUGAUUUGCUGCUUAUUUGUACAGAUCAAGGCAGCUAAGAUGUAUUCGAAUUAGGACUUGCUCUGGAGUUGGAGAUGAUGGGUUGAUUGAUCUGGCCAAAAAAUGUCCUCUCCUGGAAGAGAUGCACCUUGCCGAACUCUCAGACGUUCACAAGUCCAUUGAACCUAUUGGCCACUCCUGCCCCAACAGGUUUGGAGAUGGCGACUACAGGGGCGAGGAUUUCGAAGCGCUGGCGAUUGCGAAGAGCAUGCCCGGUUUGCGCCACCUUGGAGUCGUGGAAAAUGGCAUGACAAAUGAGGGCCGGAAGCCAUUCUUGACGGGUGCCCGAAUCUUGAGUCCCUCGAUAUUCGGAAAUGUAAGAACGUGGACCUGCUGCUUGGAGAGAUCGGUGAUAGAAUUGCUCGGAAAAUGAAAUUUUUCAAACGCCCGGAUGAUCCAAUGGAACGUUGUGAAUGGGAAGCUGGUUGGUGUAUUUAUCAUUUUGAUUCUGAGGAUUCUGAUGAGGAUGAUCAGUACGAUGAGGUAGGCCAGGGAGGAGCCUACUUCGACAUCUUCGACUCAUUCGAUCACGACGAUUGAGAAAACAAUCCUGGAGGGCAGCGAGGGCAAAGAGAUACAUGAAUGCUAGCGGGAGGAUUUUAUUAUUUAAUAUUAAGUUUGGAUUAUUAUAUUUUAAGGGCAAGAACCCAAAGAUGUAUUUUAAAUUAAGAACUUAAAGUUUUUACAUUGUUUUAUAAUAGUUCGAUGGAUAUUUAAACUAGUAUUUCUACCCGUGCCACGCACAGGUUCAGAUGAAUUU